UUAAGCUGACCAGGUUGUGUCUGUCUCCUAUGUCACUGAGACUCGCUUUGACAUAGCGCGUUGAGAUUCUUUCCUGUUCCCCUCUUUUUUUCUGUUUCGUUUCUCCGUCCGUCGUACGUGCCGGGGGUCCGUGGCAGUUCUCCGGUUGUCAGUGCAGUGUGAGGAGAAGUCUGUCGGCGGCGCAGUGUACGUCGGUGUCAAAGCAGGCAACCGAACCCAAGAUGGCGCCGAUACCAGACGAACACCAGACCUCCAACGUCAACAUGAGACCGGGCGUCGAGAUCCCGGAGGAGGGGCAGGAGGAGAAUAGGAAGGGCGUGGAGACAGAGCCGUGUCUCGGGAAGGAGGCUGUGUCUAAGGAACCCAGGAAGAAGAAGGAGGAGGAAAAGGAGGCCGCGGGGAAGGAAGAGGAGGAGUUUCCCAUGUUGGAGAUGCUGGCGCGGAGCAUUCGCACGUCGGCUAAGGCUGACCUCGGAGAAUCCGCCGAAAGCACCUGUUCUCCGACUCAGGCUCCUUACACUGACCACCAAUCAGGAUGCUGCUACAGUCCCUACCUCGGCCCUUAUAUACGACAGGUGACAAUGGCAAUAGUGGCGUGUCUGGCAGGGGUAUCAGUGGGCAUGAUCCACGCAUACCCUGCUGUUGCUCUGCCCCGCUGGGAGGAAAUGGGUACGCCUUUACCCACUGUGCAGGCGACGUGGUUCGCGUCGACGCCCAUGGUCGUGAGUAUGCUGGCGUGCGUGGGAUCCGGCGUCCUGGUAGAGAGCCUGGGGACGAGGAGGGUCCUGCUCAUUUCCCUGCCCUUCCUCGCCCUUUCCUGGAUCAUGAUCGCCAUAGUCCACCACUUCUGGGUCCUGCUGGUUGCCAGGAUCAUCCAGGGUGUCGUUGCCGCCCUGUACAUGGUGGUGAUCACGGUGUACCCGGCGGAGGUGAGCGUCCCGCGCUGGAGGGGCAUGACCAUGUGCGUGUCGGAGGCCAUGGUCAUGCUGGGCGUGUUCCUCACGUACCUGGCCGGCCUCGUCCUCCAGCCGUCGCCCUUGGCCUACAUGAUCGCCGCCUCGCUCGUCCCGCAGGCCGUGUGCUUCUACUUCCUCCGCGAAGCCCCCCUGUGGCUGGCCAGGCAGGACCGCGACGAGGAGACGGCCGCCUCCCUGGCCUGCCUCAGGGGCCCGCUCGCCGACAUCACGACGGAGCUUGAGCAAAUCAAGUCGUCGGUGCUCACGGAGAGAAUCCAGAAGCCCACCGCGUCCGAGCAGCUGCUGCUCCUCAAGAAGCCGACCUACCUGAAGCCGCUGAUCCUGUCCGUGCUCGUGCUGCUGUUCAAGGAGCUGACGGGGCAGUACGCCGCCAUGGCCUACACCGUCCAGAUCUUCAAGAUGGCCGGCUCGUCGCUCGACCCCUACCUGUGCACCGUGGUCAUGGGCGCCGCGCGCUUCCUCCCCUGCUUCGUGUCGUGGCUCCUGAUCGAGCGCCUCCCGCGGCGCCUCCUGCUGUCGUCCUGCAUGACCCUCGCGUCCUUUGCACUGGCGACGCUGGGAGCUUUCCUGUGGUUCUGGUCCCUGAAGGAGGAGCCCCUGCCGGAGACCCUGGGCUGGAUCCCGCUCGCCUGCCUGCUGGUGUUCACCCUGGCCUUCGGGUCCGGCGUCGGCACCACCUCGUGGACGCUGGUGGCAGAGCUCCUGCCGUCGCAGGUGCGCAACGUGGGCGCGGGGAUCAUCAACACGUCGUUCAGCCUGUUCCUGUUCCUGGUGGGCCUCACGUUCCCCUUCAUGGUGGAGCUCAUGACCAUCGGCGGCGUGUUCAUCGUGUACUCCGGCUGCUCGCUCAUGGGCGCGCUCUUCGUGGUCACAUGCUUGCCCGAGACGCGAGGCCGCACCUUCGCCGAGAUCCAGAGGUCGCUGGACUCGCACGCGUCGAACGCCAUCUAGGCGGCGCUCCCUGCUCUUCACAGCGGAGGUCAUCGCGGCCGUAAACAGAUGAGGCCUCGUUGGGGGCUCGAGCUUGGACACUUUCAUUUCUUUAUGUCUGCGAUAAUUUCAGGUGAAAAGAACAAGGAUAUAUAUAUAUGUUGAUAGGUUUGGUUACAAUAGCUUUAACAUAGUUAUCAGCCCGAGCUCAUUCCACAAUCACCCUGUAUUUAUCUGAGAUAUUAUAGCAUAAUCGCUUUGAUAGCAUGGCGAUUACUGGUAUAAGAAAAAUCAUUAUUUUUCUCAUAACUCAUAUCUCGAUUCCUCGUCCAGAUGCUAGCUUUGUCUUGGCUGUCCCUUUGGGGAAACCUGGAGCUGACAUUGAUUCCGUCUUGGAUGAAGCAGUCACGGUUGGAAAGGACAAGAAAAUACGAUUUUUUCGAAACUUUUUUUUUCAUCUGUCUCGAUUUCUUUUCAGGAGGGAUCUGUUGUAUCGAAAAAUGGGUAAUUACUAGAAUGCUUUCAACUUAGGUAGUAGGAGUCCAUUGCUCCACUCGAUAAUUUCCUAUUUGUUGUCGUUUCCUACCAUGAAUAUUUUUAUCAUCAUAUCACACAAAUUUCUACGUUUGUCCAUUGAUUUAACUCUCUUAAUUCUACGUUACUGGAGAUGCGAUACACUUUGUGAUACGUAAGUCUAAAUAUACCACACUACACACACACACACACACACACACACACACACACACACACACACACA